AUGGAAGACGAAACGCUGACUCGACAGCAACAAAAGCAAAAGAGAAGGGAACUGACUGCUAAAAAUCCUGAGGUGAGAAGGGCAUUCCAUGUGCUGAAGGUUGUGUUCGGGCAAUUCAUGCCACAUGGUCCGCAUGGCCCGCAUGGCCCACAUAGUCCAUUUGGUCCACAUGGUGGCCUUGGAGGACCUAGUGGACCUUUUGGUGAACCCGGAGGACCUGAUGGACCUCUUGGUGGAGGACCGAAUGGUCGACCUGGUUUCGGAAACGGUGGCAGAGGCAACAGACCAGGACCAGACGUUUUCGGAAAUGGCGGCAACUGGAUCAAACCAGGUCGAAGAGCUUCGAUAUAG